AUGGUGACAAUGAUGGCUCUGGGCGUGACCCUGUGGGAGCUCCUGGAGUGGGGGGCUCAGCCCCUCCCCCACCUGUCGGACCUGCAGCUGAUUGGGCGGCUCCGGAGCGGCCACGCCCCGGAAAUGGCCCCGCCCCGGGCGGCGCUGCCACCGGCGUGGUCGGAGCUGCUGCGUUCGUGCCGCCUGCCCGCGGCCCAGCGCCCGACGCUGGAGCAGCUCCACGCCCGCCUGUCCUCGCUGCUGGCCCGGCCGUGUCCCCAACUGUCCCCAACGGUGCCACCCCCGCUGUCCCCAACAAUGUCCCCAACGCUGUCCCCAAUGUCCCCAACAAUGUCCCCGUUCCCGCUGCUGGAGCCGCUGCCGGACGCUGGGGGCGCCCCGGCCCAGCGGAGCCUGUGGGGGCGCCAAAAGGGCGGUGAUGACGUCACUGAUGACGUCACCGGUGACGUCACCCAGCCGUCCCCGCCCCCCGGGGUCCUGCCCGUGCUGGGGGCUCGGAGCCCCUCGGGGGCGUCGGAGUUUUUCGUCAGGUUGGAGGAGCAGCACGGGGCGGCGGUGACGUCAUCGGUGACGUCAUCAGUGACGUCAUCAAUGACGUCAUCAAUGACUUCAACAAUGACGUCAUCGGGUGUGGCCAAAGAGCCGCCCCACCCGGCGGCGUUGUCACCCCCAGGGGGCGGUGACGUCAUCAGUGACGUCAUUGGUGACGUCAUCGGCGACGUCACGGUCGGGGAGGUUUUGUCGCCCGAGUGGGGGAGGGGACGGAGGUCGGGCGGGGAGGGGUCGGCGCGGGGUCAAGAGAGGUCAACGUUGGGUCAAGAGUGGACAUUGGGCCAAGAACGGUCAUCGUUGGGUCAAGAGAGGUCAACGUUGGGUCAAGAGUGGACAUUGGGCCAAGAACGGUCAUUGGGCCAAGAGAGGUCAUCGUUGGGUCAAGAGAGGUCAACGUUGGGUCAAGAGUGGACAUUGGGCCAAGAACGGUCAUCGUUGACCCCAGAGCGGUCAUCGUUGGGUCAAGAGAGGUCAACGUUGGGUCAAGACCGGACAUAUACCCAACAAGACCGGUCAUCGUUGACCCAAGACUCAACAUUGAGCCAGGACCGGUCAUCGUUGGGUCGAGAGUGGACAUUGACCCAAGACCGGUCAAUAUUGACCCAAGACCGGACAUUGACCCCAGACCGGUCAUCAUUGGGUCAGGACUGGUCAUCGUUGACCCAAACAAGGUCAACGGCCCAAGUGACGUCACCGUUGUCCCUUGAGAUGACCCCGUGGGGUCAGGGCCGGACAUUGACCCCAGACCGGUCACCGUUGGGUCAAGAGUGGACAGUGACCCAAGAUUGGUCAUCGUUGGGUCACGACAGGUCAUUGUCACCGUUGUCACCGGAGGUGGCGCCUUGGGGACAAAACCGGACAUUGCUGGCCCAAGAGCGGUCACCGUUGGGUCAAGAAAGGUCAACGGCCAAAGGGACGUCACUGGAAAUGACCCCAAGGGGACAAGGCCGGACAUUGACCAAGGACCGGUCACCAUUGGGUCAAGACCGGUCACCAUUGGGUCAAGACCAGUCACCAUUGAGUCAAGACCGGACAUUGACCCAGGAGCGGUCACUGUUGAGCCAGGACCGGUCACCAUUGGGUCACGACCGGACAUUGACCCAAGAGCGGUCACCAUUGAGUCAAGAAAGGUCAACGGCCCAAGGGACGUCACUGGAAAUGACCCCAAGGGGACAAGGCCGGACAUUGACCCAGGAGCGGUCACUGUUGAGCCAGGACCGGUCACCAUUGGGUCACGACCGGACAUUGGACCAAGACCGGUCACCAUUGAGUCAAGACCGGACAUUGGACCAAGACCGGUCACCAUUGGGUCAUGACCGGACAUUGACCCAGGACCGGUCACCAUUGGGUCACGACCGGACACUGGACCAAGACCGGUCACCAUUGGGCCAUGACCGGUCAUCAUUGACCUUGCACCAAUCAUCGUUGGGUCAAGACCGGACAUUGACCCCAGCCCGGUCACCGUUGACCCAAGAUUGGUCAUCAUUGACCCACGAUCGGUCACCAUUGGGUCAAGACCGGCCAUUGACUCUGGACCGGUCAUCGUUGACCCAAGACCGGCCAUUGACCCCAGACCGGUCAUCGUUGACCCAAGACCGGUCACCGUCGGAUCAAGACCGGCCAUUGAUGGCCCAAGACCAGACAUUGACCCCAGACCGGUCACCGUUGACCCAAGACCGGACAUUGGACCAAGACCGGUCAUCGUUGUGCCAAACUCGGACAUUGACCCAAGACCGGACAUUGACCGCAGACCGGUCACCGUUGACCCAAGACCGGACAUUGACCCAAGACCGGACAUUGGACCAAGACCGGACAUUGGACCCAGACCGGUCAUCGUUGACCCCAGACUGGACAUUGACCCCAGACCGGUCAUCGUUGGGUCAAGACCGGACAUUGACCCCAGACCGGUCAUCGUUGACCCAAGAUUGGUCACCAUUGGGUCAAGACCGGCCAUCGUUGGGUCAAGACCGGACAUUGACCCAAGACUGGUCAUCGUUGACCCCAGACCGGCCAUCGUUGACCCAAGACCGGUCAUCAUUGACCCAAGACCGGACAUUGACCCCAGACCGGUCAUCGUUGACCCAAGACCGGACAUUGGACCAAGACCGGUCAUCGUUGACCCAAGACCGGACAUUGGACCAAGACUGGUCAUCGUUGACCCAAGACCGGACAUUGACCCCGGACCGGUCAUCAUUGACCCAAGACCGGCCAUCGUUGACCCAAGACCGGACAUUGACCCCAGACCGGCCAUCGUUGACCCAAGACCAGACAUUGACCCCAGACCAGUCAUCGUUGAUCCAAGACCGGACAUUGGCCCAAGACCGGUCAUCAUUGACCCCAGACCGGUCAUCAUUGACCCCAGACGGGUCAUCGUUGACCCAAGAUCGACCAGUCAGUGACCAAGGACCGGUCACUGUUGGGUCACGACCGGUCAUCGUUGACCUUGGACCAAUCAUCGUUGGGUCAAGGCCGGACAUUGACCCCAGCCCGGUCACCUUUGACCCCAGCCCGGUCACCUUUGACCCCAGCCCGCCCCCUGCCCCCGGUGCCCCCCCGGACGUCGCCGUUGUCACCGUGGGGACGAGGGACGGCGCCGCUGAGCCCGGCCAUGUCCCCGAGGCCACCCGAGAGGCCACCAAGGCCACCAAGGCCACCAGAACUGUCCCCAAGGCCACCCGAGAUGCCACCAAGGCCACCAGAGGUGUGUCCCAGGUGUGCCAGGAGCGCCUCCAGGUGUCGCUCACCGAGGGCGUUUCCCGCCACCUCCUGCGGCCGCGCGCGGGGGGCGUGGCCAAGGCAGAGGGCGUGGCCAGCACAACAGGCGGCGCGGCCAAGGCGGAACAGGGGCGUGGUCAGGCUGGGGGCGUGGCCACGGAAGGAGGAGGCGGAGGAAGCGGCGGAGGAGGGGGCGGAGCCACGGAGGGAGGCCCCGCCCCCAGCCGGCGGGAGAGCAGCGCCGAGAUCCGAGGCCUCCCGCCUCUCGCUGCCGCUGCCGCCUCUGGCCCUUCGCCUCUCCCCCCGCGCUGGGGCGGCCCCGACGCGGCCCGGGCGGCUCCGGACGAGCCCGACGAGGACGCGGAGGACGCGGAGGAAGCUCCGGACGCCGCGGGGGCUUCACCGGGCCCGGUCCCGCUCGUGGUUUCCACCUGGAGCGGCCGCGGCCUCCGCGGCCUCCUGAAACCAACGCGCCGCCCGCCGGAAGUGGGACUGAGCUCCAACCGGAAGCGCAAGGCGGUGUCGUUCUUCGAUGACGUCACGGUGCACCUCUUCGAUCAGGAGACACCGACCAACGAGUUGAGCGGCCAGAGCGGCCCCGAGGAGGCCCCGGCGGCGGCGGUGGCGCCCCCUGACGGCCUGGCCGCCGUGGAGAACUGA